AUGGCAAAUGGUACAAACUCUUCAGGAUCUUACUUGCCCUCAAAAAUAAGAAGUUCUAAAAUAAAUAACUACUUGAAGGAAUUGAAUGAGGACUUGAAGCUAAGGAAGCAGGAACUUUUAGAGAUGCUAAAACCUCUAGAAGAUAAGAACAAUCUCUUGUUCCAGAAGUUAAUGUCUAACUUGGAGGAGAAACAAAGAAGUCUGCAGAUCAUGAGGCAGAUCAUGGCAAGGAAGGGCUCUGAUGAAUCCUCAGUCAUGGAGCUCAUCAAAGAAGCAGAGGAAAUGAAACAGAACCUGGAAAGGAAAAACAAGAUGCUUCGGAAGGAAAUGGAGAUGCUAUGGAACAAGACAUUCAAGGUGGAAGAACUCAGUGAUCAACAAAAAGCACCACAGAUAAAAAACAAGGCCAACAUGCAAGAUGGAAAGGCUCCCAAAUUCCCCUCAUCACCUAGGAAGACUAAGAGUAUACUAGAGACAUCAUUUGCAAAGAAAGUGAAGAAGAUAAGAAAGGAAAAGCAGCAGAGGAAAAUGGAAUGGGUCAAGUAUCAGGAACAAACCAACAAUUUUCAGAACGACUCUCAUGGCAAAGUGAUUGAGUUGAGAAUUGAAGCCUUGAAGAACUACCAGAAAGCCAAUGACCUGAAAUUAUCACUGUACUUACAGCAGAAUUUUGAGCCAAAACAAGUACUUUUAAAUCCUCCUGGGUCCCAAGGUACUAUGGGUACCAUAACUCUGGGCGGAGCAACUACCAGCAGAAACGAACCCCGUGUGAGGACUCUGGGAUCAAAGAUCUACACGAAACAACAAGGAGCUAAAGGAAGUCAAUGCGAUGAUGUAGGAGGGAGGCUCUUCUUUUUGAGGUCAAUGUCAGAUGAAACACUGAAGGAUUAG